AUGAAGUCUACAUCAUUUAUGAUCAGCAUUUUUGUUCUUUUACCAAUCUUUUCUUGGUGUGCAACAUCAACCGUAGCAAACAAUUUACAAUCAGCUAAUUUAGAUGGAUUAAAAAAUCAAUUUCAAACAGCAAUGAAAUCAUUUUCUGAUGUAGCAUCAUUACAUUAUGCUCUUGCUGGUAUUAAAGAACUUGAUGUUCAAGCACCAGAUACAUUUUGUAAUGAUAUUAAACGAUUAGUUGAUAAAUCAAAUAUUGAAUCAAUAUAUCACGCAACAGAAGCAGCUAAAUCAUUAGCUAAUUGCAAAUUACCUGCUGAAGAUUAUCGUUCAACCAUAAGUUCAACAAUUCAAUCUGAUAAAAGUACAACAGCUGAUAUUUAUUAUGCCGUUCGUUCAAGUGUAAAUCUUGGUGUAAAUGUUGAUGAAGCAACUAUUGAAAAACGUCUUAAUUCAUUGGCUAAAACUGAUGAUAGCGUUUUAAGUCAAGGUUAUGCAUUAUUAACCGGUGCACAAUUAAAUCAUGCUAUAGCUAAAUAUUAUGCUGAUACAAUUAAUGAUCUUGUUCAACAAGCUGAUGAAGUUGAUGGACGUACAUUACAAUAUGAAGGUGGUGUUGGUGCAACAGCAUUAAUAUUUAAUGCUUUUCAUGAAGUUUCAGAAAAAGCUGAUUCACCAAUUAAAAUUGAUCCAAAACAAUUAAUGAAAUUUGCAAGUUAUUUUUCAACAAAACGACAUGUUGCAACAUUACGUAGUGCUUAUUAUUUAACAAAAGCAUUUAAAUAUUUAUCAGAUACUAAAAAUUCAAUACCGGUUGUUGUUACACGUGUUAAUCCAUCGACAAUUCAUUCACAAAAUCCAUCCGUACUUAUUUCAGUUACAAAUCUUUUUGGACAAUCUGUCGGAGAAAUGACUGUUAUGGCUGAAUCAGCUAAACGUAAAGAUGAUGGAGUUGUUGUUGUAUCAAAACAAAAACUUACACCAAAAGCUAGCGAUUUUUCUGUUUAUGAAUUACCAUUUUAUGAUAAAAAAAUUCCUCGAGGAUUUUAUACAAUUCAUUUAUCAUUAACACCACGUACCGAAGGAAAAUUUAUUGGUUUAACAGAUAUUACCAUUGAUGUAAAAGUAACAUCA